AGUCACAAAGUUUAACAUUUUGCUGUUUAUAAAAGAAGAAAUCAAAAUUUGGUCUUUUAAAUAAUCAUUACAUAUUAUAAUUUUAAAACAUUUGUUACCCUGAGGAAUUAUAUAUAUUUUUUAAAAUUAAGAACAGAAACGAAAUAUGUCUAGCUCUCCGUAAUUUUAGUUGGAUUCUAUGGAUGACGAAGAGAGAUCAUUAAACUUGUGUUGUUGUGAAUAUAUUGAUGCAAAUGAUGAAAGAAAUCACAUAUUAGGGUGCUGCUGCAACUGCUCUGAGCUAGACAUGUGUAUUGAUAAGUUAUUUAAGUGUCAAGGUAUGGCCCCUAGAACAUUUGCUCGUCUCUUUUCUGUGCUAAAAGACAGAUUCCGCAUCCCAUGGCGGGGAGGUGCCCGACAGCUCAAUAUUGACUCGAUCAUCCCUAUCAUUCUGCUCCCGGCUCUAGGCUACAUAGCUGCUCAAGGAGUGUGGAUAUCCGUCGUAGUAUUUACAUCGCUUCCGAUAUUUCUCAUCUACACACAUUACAUAUUCAUGAGAAUUUCUUCUCAGACAAAGUUCUUCUACGUUUGGACUCUAGUGUCAGUGAUACUGAUUGUGAGUGUGUUCGAGGUGCCCGUGGUGGUCACUUUAGACAUUCAGCCGGAAGAACACAAGAUGUUUUUAUUAUUUACAAUCUUGAUGGUCUUUUGCGGUGUAAAAACUCGACUAACUGCUGAACAGUCGCAUGUCAAAGGUGAUGUUAAGAUAGAUGAGAGUUUACUAGAGUGCGCAGUGUGUCACAAAAGCGUUCUGCCGAGAACGUUUCACUGCUGCAUUUGUCGGACGUGUAUCAUCAAGAGAGAUCAGCACUGUGCCUGGUUAGACUGCUGCAUCGGGGAGAGCAAUUAUCGCUGGUUCAUGGCUACAUUGGUGACUGCAGUGUGUCAGCUAGCUCUGUGUUCUAACCUCAUCCUCACCACGGCCUGUCAUCCGUUCACAGUGUUUGCGACGAUCAUGCUUCCAGACGAUUGCAGCGACGUUUACUUCGACAUUCUAUAUGCCACCAUUUUUGUGACAGCCCUGUAUGCCAUCCUUGCCUUGUUGUUCCUGAUUGUUCUUCUUCUUCACGAGUGUUGGCUCAUUUCCCUCGGGAUGACGGGUCACGAGUGGCGCAAUGUCUCUGACAGAGUUUGCUGUGGUGUCCGUUCCAACAGGCCAUACAGUAAAGGUUUCUUACGCAACUGGACUGAUUUCUUUUUAGGUUCUCGCUCAAAACAAAUGUCAACAAUGAUCAUAUGAAGAAGGAAUAUCGUGAGGAAAUCCCUCAACGUAAGACUCUUAAGAAAUGUUCACAUAUGACUUCUAAAGUCAUCGCUACACAUCAUUCUAGUCGACUGUUUGUCAGUAUGAAUUGUUGGGUAACUUGUUAUGUUACAUUUUAUAGCAUUAUGUAUUCUCAUGGUG